UACUGCACUUAUGAACGCUCAGAUUAAAGCCGAUAGCGAUUCUGACGCAGGCAGAGUAGACAUAUCUCGGUGUAAAGAGGAAGUCUGGCUCCUCAAAAUCCCCAAAAAAAUAGCCGAUAGUUGGAAAUCUCAGCCACAUGACGCCGAACUUGGCUCAGUGAAACUUAAGUAUUGCAAUGACCACAUCGAACUUAGUGGCAUAGAACUCGAGCCUUUGGACCCCUCUUUCCCGAGUACCUGUUCUUUAACUAAGCGCUCUGUUCCAUAUUCUAUGUUUGCCUUCAGUGAAGGCAAGCCCGGAAGGCUAGCCAUCGAAGGUAAAAUAAGUUCGCAGCACGCCAUGCACGUAGAGGGCGACGGUAUGGUCCCUCUACUGCGAAAGCCAAAGAGAACCUCUGGUACCAUCAUCUGUCUAUCCAAAAACAACAUGUCCAGCGAUGCAGACAACAAUGCCAUUAUCCCCAAUACCGCAAACAAGCGGGUGGUUGACAGUCGUGGUAUUGCUGACAAACGCGUCCGCAUCGCGAGCGAAGAACUGUUACCUUUGAUUAUCGAAGCCUUCAAAAGGCAAGAAAAGUAUACAUUCAAAGACUUAAACAACGAGGUUCAGCAACCAGAUAGCCACCUAAAAGACAUUCUCAAAACUGUCUGCGAUAAAACCCGUGGAGAGAAAAAUAGAGAAUAUUACACAUUGAAACCAGAAUACAAAAUUUCAUUCAAUGCUGCCGCAGACAGCCCUAAUCCAUCGCAAAACUUAGGACCAAAGUAGCUUUCAUAAUAUCCUUCUUAUGUCUAUAUAAAAAAAUAUUUUUUGUGUCAACCUAGUACAAAAGAAUGACAACGUACAUGAAAACAAAAUGACAAA